UAUCUUGCCUUGUUCAAUCUUUGUUUUUCAUGACUCACGUGUACAAGUAUCCAGGUGAUUUUGCCGUAUAUUGUCUGGUCUCCAAGGACACAUGAAGCACGACUAAGGGUAGUACUAUCUGGUGUUAUCAUACCCUUUGAGUCCGCCUGUUGCCCCAAUCGCACCUGGGCUUCGGGCGAUCAUGCAUUAUCACCACCGACACCAAGCUCACCAUGACAUUCAUAUGGUGGUUCGAUCCCCCCCACAUCGCCCGGAUACAGUACCUCGUCAUCGACUACCAUAUCUUAUGCCAGAAACACCAACAUUUGUGAAAAGGGAUUCCGACCCUAGUCAGACCUGUUCAGCUGGAGACACCUCAAGUAAAUGCGAGAAACCUACUAGCACGACUACUACGACGACGCUACCUGUCGUGCUGGGAGCAGUGGUUCCGAUACUUUGUGCCGUAAUCGUCCUAAUUUAUCUACAUCGAAGAAAUGUGAGGAAGCUCCGGAACGAAGAUGCCAAUGACAAGCAUAGAUCGCUUGAUUUCGGCUUGGAUCUGGAGCCAACGAGUGGAGGAAAAGCGAUGCGGCAGACUGAAAAGUCCAAUGGGAGUUACAAUCACAACAAGGGCAUCUCAUUGGAUAUUGGCCCGAGUCCUUACCUACUACCCCCAGGCCUGCACGGCUCCCGGGAUUCGCUGCAUUCCUUGUCCAGAUCUAUAGGCGGCGAUGAUAAAUAUCGGCACGCGACCUCGUUUCUAGGUGACAAUGCAUCUGUCAGAUCGCAGUCAAGAGGGGCUCAAGAUGAUGCAUCAAGCUUUACUGGAUCAACUAGAAAGGCCGCCCUCGGUGAUGAUAUGAAGCAAGGCUUAUUGGGAAACGCUCAAAGGAUGUCACGAUCCAGUCCACCACUAUAUAUAUCUCCCGGCAAUGAUGGCGCACACAUGCAAGUUGAUCCUAUUGUACAACCGGAUCAUGGCUUUCAAUUCGAGUUGCCCAGGAGCCCUAGCCCUGUUCUCAUCCCGGGAGCUCAUAAUACUAAAGAGUCGAUUACACCUGCCAACAAUGGCCCCAAAGACGCCAGUAAUUUUGGCAAUAGCGACAUCCAUGACCGCACGGAAGAACGCCUAAACCCUGUUUUACAAGAUCCUAGACCGAAGCCUAGAAUAUCUCUUCCUCUGAGCGAUGCAGCGAGCGACUACGAUAAUAAUGGAGAACCUGAGCCCAUUAUCCCAGCCGUGAACAUUCAUCAGAUAGAAAACGACCCAACAUAUGGCAAGGGCCCUGACCCAGCUAUCCCUGAUACUCCCCCGGAAGAGUCUUCACAAGCGCCACGGUUGGCUGUUGACCCUCGUCGCGAUACGCGUCGGUUGACACUAGGGUUGCGUCCUCUGCCGCCAGAGGAUCCGUCAGACAACCCGGAGCAGCGGGCCAACCGUAUCCGAUCGUUCUACAAGGAAUAUUUCGACGAGAACAAGAAUGGGAGGGAGACUUACUAUGGUCCUGAGUCUUAUCACGAUGGUAACUAUAUCUACGAUUCGGCUACUGGAGAUUACUACGACGGUGUCCCAGCACCGUUUGCUGAGCCAAUAAAUCGUCGGGCUAUGACUCCCCCCCCGCGCGCCCCGCCCCGGUUUCAAGGGGGAGGUAGACAUAUGCCUUCGGGUUCUAUCGGUGGCUUGACCGAUCGACUCAACUCCCCAGGCCCACGUGCCUUUUCAUCUGCUUCUGGCAGACUGCCAGGUGUUCCGAAAAUCCGCAAGCCUGCACCGCCUCCAGCUCCACUCCAGCUCCUACCUACGCCUCACAUGUUGAAGGAUGACUCUUUAAUGGGAGCUAUCGACUACGCCCCCGGGAAAAGUUAUAGAGACCAGAGGGAAGGCCGCCCGGAGACACCUCUUGGGGGGCUGCAACCGUUCAGUCCAACGAUGCGAGCUCACACUCCUCUUGUCUCAUCUUUCAAUGACCUUGCUGUCAUACCGAGCCCGCAUGCAUUGCGCAAGUCGGGUACAUAUGAUAAUCUGGACUUUGUUCCACCACCUCGUUUCAAGAACCUCGAGACUGCAAGCGACUCUGGUAGCAUUCGCAGUAACCGGACCGGAAUAUCGACGACUCAUCUGCAGAAUAUACGCACUGGUGCGUACCGUGUCAGCCGCCUUCCUCCUGAAACUGUGGGUACUAAGGACGACCUGGUCACUAACCUUCGUCCAACGUGGGAUAUGCGGAAUUAAACAUAUACUAGUUCAAUCUGACCUCAUUAUCGAUUGUUGCUGUAAUGAUUUCGUCCAUUGCCCACCAGUUUCAGGUGACUACAUGUUAUCUUACGAUAUAUCGCUUGUUUAUCCCCUCAUACAUUG